AUGAGGAAACAUUUGACAUAUGUUGUAUUGAUGGCAUUUAUCUGGUGUCUUGCUGGACAAGAUAUAGAAAAGAAAAUUCAUUACGGUAAGAGAAUACUGGAUGCAUUAAUUGACAUAGUUCAGGGAAUCAGUUCUAUAGAGUGUACAGAAGAAUGUUUCAGUAGAAGAAGAUGUUUGUCAGUGAAUUACUGGAGAAGUAUACUGUUAUGCGAGAUGAACAGUGUGGACACAUCGACACAUUUACUAUCAGAUGAACCAAGGACAGUGUUUGCUAGAAUCGCUUCAUGGGAACAGAAUGUUUUCCAUUUUAAACAAGACUUGGUCACCUGUGCUACUGACGUGACAUCGGUAGAAACUCUAGAUAUUAAUAAUAAAGACAUUGAUGUACCAUAUGUUUACUCUGAGGGACAUAAAUGGGCGGUGAUACAAAGAAGAUGCUUGAACAACACAGUCUUUUAUAGAAGUUGGUCCGACUACAAGACUGGUUUUGGUAACUUCAAAAAGAAAUCUGAUUUUUGGAUAGGAAAUGACGUAAUACACAUGUUGACGAAAAAUGGUUACAAUCACAUGAGAGUUGAGAUGCUGAAGACAGACAACGAACCGUUAGAGGCAGAAUACAGUCAUUUCUUUGUCGGAGAUGAAGGCACCGAAUACAAUCUAACAAUAACUGGAUUCAAAGGGUUGUAUGAUUGCAUGACAAACAAGAUUGAUGAAAGAGCAAACGCUAAUGGGAUGAAAUUCAGCACAUUUGAUAGAGAAAACGAUCAAUGGAAUAAUGGAAUCUGUGCUAAUGAUUGUCGGUCGGGCUGGUGGUUCCAUUCUUGUACUUGUGGAAAUCUUAAUGGAUUGUUUGGAAAUGAGAAGAGUGGUUCUGUGAUGCGUUGGAUGUGUGCAGAUGGGUGGAUAUGUCCCCUCAAAGCCACCAGAAUCCUGCUCAGACCACAGUAA